AUGAGGCCCAGGAACCCGCUGAUGCCCGCCGACUUUGUCGACGAGCGGGCGCCGCCCGACGGGUGCGCCUCGGGCUCGGCCUCGGGCUCGGCCUCGGACAAGCAGACGACAGGCGGCGAGGCGCGCCUCGUCGUGACGGCGCAAGACAACGCGCGCGUGCUGCGGCGCAUCGACCUCUACGUGCUGCCGCUGAUGCUGGGCGUCUACUUUCUGCAGUCGCUCGACAAGACGACGCUCGCGUACGCGUCCGUCUUUGGGCUCAUCGAGGACACGGGCCUGCGGGGCGACGAGUACUCGUGGCUCGGCUCCGUCGUGUACGUCGCGCAGCUCGUCAUGCAGUUCCCGCUGGCGUGGCUGCUCGUCAAGAUGCCGCUCGGGCGCUUCACGGCGUGCAUGGUGGCCCUCUGGGGCACCACGCUCGCGGCCAUGGCGGCGGCGCGCUCCUUCCCGUCGCUGCUCGUCAUGCGCUUCCUGCUGGGCGCCUUUGAGGCGAGCGUCGCGCCGAGCUUCAUCGCGCUGACGCACAUGUUCUGGCGCCGCCGCGAGCAGCCGCUGCGCAUGUCCUUGUGGUACGCCAUGAACGGCUUCACCGCCAUGUUCGGCAGCCUCAUGACGUGGGGGCUCGCGCGCAUCCCGUCGACGCUGCGGCCCUACCAGGUCAUCUUCCUGUUCUUCGGCCUCGUCACCGUCGCCUUUGCCGUCGUCAUGUUCCGCUGCAUGCCCGACGCGCCGGCCGACGCCCGCUUCCUGACGCCGCGCGACCGCCGCAUCGCCGUCGAGCGCCUGCGCCUGGGCCUGCGCGCCUCCCAGGCGGGCGCCAGCAGCGCGCGGCAGUGGCGGUGGGCGCACGUCCACGAGACGAUCCGCGACCCCAAGACGUGGCUCUGGUUCGGCCUCAUCUUUAGCAUUUCGGUCCCCUCGGGUGGUGUCGGCAGCUUUGGCCCGCUCAUCAUCGAGUCGUUCGGCUUCGACCCCUUUACGGCCAUUCUCUUCAACGCGCCGUUCGGCCUCGUGCAGCUCGUGUCGACGGUCGGCGGCGCCCUCGUCGCGCAGCGGCUCCGUCGCAAGGGCCCCGUCAUCGCGGCGCUCUGCGUGGCGCCCAUUGCCGGGUGCUACGUGCUCAUGACGACGCCGCGGUCGCCUGAGCGCAAGGCGACGCUGCUGCUGGGGUACUACUUGAUCUCUGUGUAUCCGGGCAUGAUCCCCCUGAUGUACUCGUGGUCGGCAGCCAACACGGCGGGCGACACGAAGCGCAAGUGCAACGCGUCGGCCAUGUUCGUGGGCCAGUCGCUCGGCAACAUCAUCGGCCCGCUGCUGUACCGGCCGGCCGAGGCGCCCGAGUACUACCGCGGGCUCUGGUGGAACCUCGUGCUGUACCUCGCCGUCGUGGGGCUCGUCGGCGUCACGACGGCGCACGUCGCGGCGCUCAACGCGCGGCACGCGCUGACGAGGGUCAGGAGGGGCAAGCCGGCUGGGGUGCGGGAUCGGAGCCUCGAGGAGGAGGAGGGCGGGGAGGGCGAGGGCGAGGGCGGUGCGUGGGCGGUCGACGAUGCGACGGAUCUGGAGAACGAGGACUUUGUGUUUGUGUAUUGA